GAAAGCGCAACACUGAGCACAGUGCACAUAAAUCAAGUCGAGUUCAUCAAGAGAAGCUCACUUGAUCACAUAAAAAGAAAGAAAGAAAAAUAUUCAUUUUUCGUUUGUUCUUUUUCAGUUUUAUUUAUUUAAAAAAAAACGUAAAAAUUUUUUUUCAAACCGAAGAAAAGAAAAAUCGAUUAAAUAUUCAAAUAAAGUGAUGUAAAUAAACUAUUCGCACAAAAGAAGGCAUAGUUUAAAAGUGAAUGAAAAGAAAAUUGAUACUGGAUUCAGAUUCUAUGUUCUUUUCGCCACAUCAAUAACAAUUGAAAGAAUAAAAAAACAACACAACAAUUUAAGAGCUAAUUUGCGUUUCCAUUUCGAAAUAUUACUUGAGAUUUUGUGUUGUGUAAUUUGAAGACGAGGAAAAUAUUUUGAUUUGUCGAUGCAAAAAGAAUUCAUCGCAAAAAUCAAAGUGAAUCAUCAGUGUUGCUAUAGUGUUGAAAGAUAACAAAAGUAAAAACCACAUAAGAAAUACACAAUAUUUUUUCUUAAAAGUUGUAGAAAUUUAAACCGGAAAAAAAUCUCAAAAUUGUUGAGAUUUAUUUUGGUUGAAACUGCUACGAAUUGAAUAAAAAAGACAUUAUUUGUUUGCAAUAAAGGAGAAAUUAAUAAAAAAGGCAGUUUAAAUGCUUGACGGUGCAAUGGUGGAUCAAAAAAUAUUUGUUUAUAACGCUGCCAGAGACAAUAAUUUGGCUGCAUUAAAAAGAUAUUUGCAUGGAAGAACGCCGGAAGAUGUGAAGCUAUUGGUCUCGGCAAAAACAACAGGUGCGACACCUUUGGUAAUUGCAGCUCGAAAUGGCCACUAUGAUAUCGUACACUAUUUACUAACACACACAAAUGCCGAUGUUGAAGAAACCGGUUCGGUGAUGUUCGAUGGCGAAACAAUUGAAGGAGCUCCACCACUGUGGUGUGCAGCCGCUGCAGGAUAUUUAAAAAUAGUAAAAUUAUUGGUGAACAAAGGUGCCAGAGUCAACAGUACAACACGUACAAAUUCAACGCCGUUACGUGCAGCCUGUUUCGAUGGACACUAUGACAUUGUCAAAUACUUAGUAAAAAACAAAGCCGAUAUUGAAGUAGCCAAUCGACAUGGUCACACCUGCCUGAUGAUUGCUUGCUAUAAGGGACACUAUCGCAUUGCCGAAUAUUUACUCAAGCUAAAUGCAGAUGUGAAUCGACGUAGUGUUAAAGGGAAUACAGCCUUGCAUGAUUGUGCCGAAUCCGGUUCAUUGGAUAUUCUUCGUCUCUUGUUGGCAAAAGGUGCUGCAAUGGAUGUUGAUCACUAUGGCAUGACCCCGUUGUUAGCAGCCUCAGUAACCGGCCAUCUUCCAAUUGUGGAGCAUUUAAUUAGCUUAGAUUUUGUGUCGCGCGAAGACCGUAUUGCUGCAUUGGAAUUGAUUGGAGCGACAUUUGUAGACAAAAAACGUGAUAUGGUUUCAGCAUUGGCAAUGUGGAGACGCGCCAUGGAAGAACGUUAUAUGCAAGAACCAUAUUUACCAAAGCCCAUUUCAAGAAUUCAAGUGCCAGCAUAUGACAAUGCCGUUGAAGUGACCGACAUAGAUGCGCUGGACGAAUUGGUUAUGGAUCCGGACGCAAUGCGAAUGCAGGCACUUUUAGUUCGUGAACGAAUUUUGGGACCCGCACAUCCAGACACAAGCUAUUACAUUCGUUAUCGAGGCGCUAUUUACGCUGAUACUGGACGAUUUGAUCGUUGUAUUGAACUAUGGACAUACGCAUUGACAAUGCAACAGCAAGUGCUCGAAUCGCUUAAUCCAAUGACACAAUCAUCUCUUCUCAGUUUCGCGGAACUCUUCAGCUUUAUGUUGGGCGAAGCUGGGCGACCUGUCACACGUGGACGUGUGGUACCACCGAUAGAGGCCUGUGACAUGCUUACUGUAUUUGAUAAGGCAAUUAAAGAAGUCGAACUAGGUCAAAGAAUGCUCAACAAAAUUCCAGAAGCACAACAAGACCCACUAGCUAUAUGCAGAGCAUUGGUGAGCGCAUUGCAUUUGGCUUGUUUGCUUGCACGACUUUUAGACGAUGAAGACUGUGAACCUGUGAUCAAGAAACAAGUAUUAAAAGCGCUCCAUGAUUUAGUUAGUUUGAAAAUUGUGAUCAGAUCAGGACGUACUGCAUUACACUUAGCAUGUUAUCGAGAGGCAGCUUUAGUUGGCCGUUAUCCAGCCUGUCAAUUCCCAUCACCACAAUUAGUUAAGGCCUUGUUAGCAGUUGGUGCUGAUCCAAAUGUUAAAGAUGAAGCAGGAAAUACAGCUUUACAUCUUGCUGCAUUGGCCCGGCCUUGCCCACCCACCCUCGUACAGACAUUAGUCGAACACGGAGCGCAUUUAGAUACUCGAAAUCAUGACGGUGAUACCUUUGAAACGUUAUUACAUGAUCAGAAAUUGCACGAGCUCGUGAAUCCAGUCAAAUAUACCCGCUUAACAUGUUUAGCUGCCCGCACAAUUCAAAAAUAUGGCAUCCAAUACAAAGAUGAAGUUCCACGAAGUUUGCACGAAUUUAUCGACUCACAUUAAAAAUUAAUUUUAAGUUAAAUUGUAAUCAAAGAAACAUUUAUUCAUCCAAACGAACCUCAAAAAGAAGAGAAAAAAAUACAUUAAACAUGUAAUAUCAUAUUUAAACUACAUAAA